GGAAGUUUAUUAUUUGGACGUUUCUUUUGUAUCAUCGUGCUGAGUGCCUCAGAUCACAAUUCUCACGUCUUACAACAGAACACUAGUUACGGAGAAUUGCAUUCAUAUUCAAUUCGGAGUUCACCGUUAAAAUCAUUUGCAAAGUAAAAUGGAAAAAGACGCAGAAUUCGCCAAAGACUGGCCUACCCUUGGCAAGGCAAUAGAGUCCGGCAUUGAAUCCCAUGACGGCCGCGAAGCUCAACUACUCGCUUACAUGUUAUCUCACAAUCCUACCCAUCCUUUGGAUGUCCUCUCCACCAUCGACGAAUUUUCCCUACGCGAAGAUUUUCUCAUCAGUGUUGGUCCCAAUAAAGCUGAUAUUUUGCGAGAUCUCAUUAUGCGGGAGAAACCGAGGAUGUUGGUGGAAUUGGGCGGAUAUUUGGGAUAUAGUGCUGUGCUUUUCGCGGAUGCCAUGGUGAAAGCGCAUGAAGGUGAUGAGGGGUUAAAGAUCUAUUCCCUCGAACUCGAUCCCAUCUGCGCGGCUAUUGCUCGCCAAAUCGCUCAAAUAGCAGGACUUGCCCAUAUUAUUGAAGUUGUUGAAGGCACAGCCGCUUCCUCGAUUACCAAUCUAGUUAAAGAGAAUAAAAUCACUAGUGUCGAUUUUUUGUUCCUAGAUCAUGUAGAGGAUUUGUAUGAGCAAGAUUUCAAAGUUGUAGAGGCAUUGAGUGUGCUGAAAAAAGGAGCCGUGGUUGUGGCAGAUAAUGUGAUCAGGCCCGGGGCUCCGGAGUAUAGAGAAUUUAUUAGAGGAGACAUGAAGAAGGAGCAGGGGUGGGAAAGUCGGGGUGUAAAAGGUUUAAUUUGGCCCGGGAAUUUUGAGGAUGAACUUGAAGUUAGUAAGUUAGUUGGUUUGGAAGUGAAUAAUUAGUGAUAUACAUUACGUUUAGAUGAUAAGUCUUGCGUGGGAAGGUUGUUAGAUUGCAAUUAAAACACUCAUUUGGGAAGAAACAGCGAUAUAUUAACUCGCAUAGCAAGAAUGCAUGCUCACUCUAUCAAAUUAGUAAGGACAUCCA